GCGCGGAGCCGCCGGUGACGGCGGCGGCGAGGGACGGUCUCGUCGCUGUCGCCGUCGCGGGUGGCCGUGCGGGGUGCGAGGGGCGCGCCGGCGCGGCUGCCGAUGCUGCGGUGGCUGAUCGGGGGCGGCCGGGAGCCGCAGGGCCUGGCAGAGAAAUCAUCUGUACAGACCAUUGGUGAAGAACAAAUACAGAAUCCUUACACAGAGCUCCUUGUAUUGAAAGGUCAUCAAGAUAUAGUGCGAUUUCUAGUACAAAUAGAUGACUACAGGUUUGCUUCUGCAGGAGAUGAUGGAAUUGUAUUUCUGUGGAAUGCUCAGACUGGAGAGAAACUUUUUGAACUACAUGGACAUACACACAAAAUUACAGCUAUCACACCAUUUUCUUCGUCAGAUGCUUCUGGAGAAAACAAUCAAUUGAUAUUAACAGCAUCAGCUGAUAGAACAGUUAUUGUUUGGGACUGCAGUAGCGGCAAACAGAUUCAAAAAGUGUCAUGUUUCCAUUCUACUGUGAAGUGUUUGACAGUUCUUCAAAGACUGGAUGUAUGGUUGUCUGGAGGGAGUGAUCUAUGUGUUUGGAACCGAAAAUUAGAUCUCUUGUGUAAGACCAGUCAUCUUACUGAUGCAGGUAUCAGUGCAUUGGUUGAAUUGCCUAAAAAUUGUGUUGCGACAGCUGUUGGCAAAGAGCUAAUCAUUUUUAGGUUGAUUGAGAGACCUGAAGGUUGGAAUGUCCUUGAAGUAAAACGCCUUGUUGACCAUGAGGAUAACAUCUUGUCGUUGGUCAGUGUCAAUGAUUUGACUUUUGUGACAGGUUCUCAUGUGGGUGAAUUAAUAGUUUGGGAUGCACUUAACUGGACAAAGCAAGCAUCCGAGUGCAACUUCUGGGACUCUUCUCUCCGCACAGAUGCACAGCCAGAAAUAAAGUUAUCCCAAAGUCCAAAUGAAACUUCAGUUCAACACUUAACAUCUGAUGAGGAGUGUGUAUUUGCUGCUGUUGGGAAAGGCAUAUACGUAUAUAAUCUUCAAAUGAAGCGUAUGAUUGCCUGUCAGAAAACUGCUCAUGACUCCUCUGUACUGCACAUUGCAAAACUUCCAAACAGGCAGCUGAUAUCCUGUUCAGAAGACGGCAGUGUUCGCAUUUGGGAGCUCCGAGAAAAGCAGCAGCUACCAGCUGAGCCGGUUGCAACAGGGUUUUUCAACAUGUGGGGAUUUGGAAGGGCAAACAAGCAGGCAAACCAAGCUGCUAAGAAGACCCAGGAGAACACAACCACGUAUUUCUUGGAAUUGGUUGGUGAUUUGAUUGGUCAUUCAUCAGCUGUGCAGAUGUUCCUGUACUUUGGUGAACUAGGACUGGCUACAUGCUCCGCUGACCAUCUUAUUAUUUUGUGGAAGGAUGGUGAACGGGAAUCUAGACUCCGCAGUGUAACAUUAUUUCAGAAACUGGCACAAAAUGGUGGUUCACAACUCAAAUUCUAAUCACAACUCAAAUUCUAAGUUAUUUGAAUACAGGGUUAUUUUUGGUAUUGGGUACUUGAACAUUUGAAUACAGGGUAUUUGAAUACAUAAACUGGAUCUGCAUUAAAUGUGAGUGUAAAGAAAAGUCUGAACUACUAAGAAGUGAAUAUCAUUAAGGGUUACACUUAACUGUCAUAUGUUAAAUUGGUAUUUUUGUUAGUUGCUGCUAUUCUCAAAGGAGAAUUUUGCAGGUUAAAACUUGGCUUUUUCUGUCAGCAGAAGUGAUGUUCUCUUAAACCAAUGAAUAUAGUGAUGAUGAAUUCAAUAGUUUCUAAUAUUAUUUCUAAUGAUCAAAAACUUUAUGGAUGGAUAUGGAAAAUCAGAGUUGUUAACUGCCUUAGAUGGAUGGUAACGAAGAAGUUUGGGGGCAUUCCACACUUUUAUGUGCAGAAGGGAGGCAUGGAAGCAAUCUGAGGCUUCCUGUUUUAUGUAUUUUAUUUCCUAAAGCUAAAUUUCAGUCACUGAUGGCUCAGACUUAAAUGUCUCCAAAAAAGACUGUUCUCAAGUAGUUUUAAUGUUUGCAUUUGAAGUUGUUAUCCUGUACCAAAGGUAAGAGGAAGAAAGCACCGUGGGCAAUAUCAGUUUGUCAGGUUUUGAUAUUUUUGGUAAAAUGUAGUAGUAUAAAGAUACUGCUAGUUUGCAGCAGGUGCAGUUUUACUGUGGAUUAGUCUGCAGUAGAGUUUAUAUAGCACCAUUACUAUAUGUCAUGAAGUGUGAUUGGUUUAGCUUGGUCUUUCUAUAGUGUGUUCAUCUAAUUAACUUGUCUGUAAUUUUUUUUAAAAAAAGAAAAAACAAAAAGCACUGGCCCAACCAUGAAAUUUAAGGAUGUAAAAUAAUUCUAUAGCCAACGGGGGUUAGUGUGUUCACUUACAGCCAAAACAGGUCUGCCAGCCAAAUACUAAAUUCUCAGCUGAAGCAUGAAUGCAGAGAAAUCUGCACAAAGUUUGUAAGGACAAAUGAUAUUUUAAAGUAGAAGAGUAUAAAGCCUUCAGGUACACAAAGUUUUUUCUUCAAGUUCUGAGAAGUAAUUUCAAAGCUAAAUAGGCAUAAAAUUAAAUAACCCCUCCCACCUCCCCCCCAAAAAAAGCAGAGUUAAACCUGUAACAGUUGUUCAACUUUUUCACAUAAUUAUCUGAUGGAAAAGGCAU